AUGAAGAGCUUGAAUGAUGUCGUUUGUGGAUCUCGUCAUGAUGCAAUCCCAUACAUGCUCGGCUACGGCUUGGGUGCAACCAAGAUAUCGGCCCAGUUUUAUGGCCGACACUCACUGCUCCAGCAUCAUGACCAACAAGCGUUACUUGCCUUGGAUUACCACCGAACGAUGCGAUAUGGUCCUGCACAAAUUGCAACGCCGUUCUUUGAUCCUGGAAAAACACUUAAAUUCAGGACUACUCCAUUUACCAAUGGCUGA